AUGAACUGCUUGUCAUUGAUGCUUAAUAGAGGAGCAGAAGAGCGUAAAUUUGCCUAUCACGCUAAGUGCCACUCAACUCGAUUAACCCACCUGUGCUUCGCAGACGAUCUCCUGAUCUUUACUGAUGGUACACUCGAAUCAGUACAGGCUGUUAUCUCGAUACUGGAUGAAUUUGCUCUUCACUCGGGCCUAAAAAUCAGUGUUCAGAAGUCUUCCUUCUUCUCAUCGGGUAUUUCCCAAGAUCAGGUCAACCUCAUCUCCUCAGCCAUGGGCCUGUCUCCGGGUGUUCUCCCUGUUCGCUACCUUGGUGUACCACUUACAACAAAGAAGCUUUCUCUCUAUAAUUGUGGCCCUCUCAUCCAGCAAAUCAAACCAAGGGUCAACUCGUGGAGCUCUCGUGCCCUCUCUUUUGCAGGAAGGCUCCUCCUCAUCAACACAGGUAGUCACUCGGCAAAAGUCUCUUGGGAAACCUGCACUCUUGACAAAUCAGAAGGAGGGUUAGGAUGCAGGGACCUUGUAAACUGGAAUACUGCUUGCAUACUAAAACUAAUAUGGAUGCUCUUUACUUGCUCAAGGUCGAUAUGGGUAGCCUGGUUUAAAAAAGAAGUACUAAAAGGUUCCCUCAAUCACAUUUGGUCAGCAACUACCAAGAGCAAAUUCUCAUGGCUCACCAACAAGCUCCUAAAAUCUAGCAAUCUUGCUUAUAGCUGGAUAAAGAUCAGAGUUGGAGGAGGUACCUCAGUGAGAUUCUGGUAUGACAAUUGGUCUCCAUUUGGAAAGCUCUUGGAUGUCAUCUCUCCUGGCCGCACGAACACGAUGGGAAUACCAUUAUCGGCGACGCUAGCAGAUAUUUACUCUGAUGGCGCCUGGAAAAUUCGCCUUGCACGCUCAGAUAUUCAAAUCCAGGUUCAGUCCUUUAUGACUACUCUCACUCUUACUGAUACUGAUGAUUCUUAUUAUUGGGAAACCGAGGGAAAAGAAUGGACAAGGUACAGAACAGGAAGAAUCUAUUACCUUCUUAAAAACCAUGCGCACACUGUACCCUGGUGGAAACUGGUUUGGAACAAAGGAGGAAUACCAAAACACAGCUUCAGUGCUUGGAAUACAAUGCUUAACCGUAUGCCAACAAAGGACAGAAUCAUCUCCUGGGGACUGCAAGCAACCCCGGCGUGCAUCCUUUGUACCUCUGGUUUCGAAUCUCGUGAUCAUCUUUACUUCAAUUGCGACUACAGUUGGGAACUCUGGAAACCGCUUGCACUCCGUUGUGGUCUUACUCCCUCUCGCCUCUGGACUGAUACGAUAUCAUCUCUUCUCACCCUCUCUUCUCCGGCUUGGCAGCGUCGUCUGAUUCUACUGGUUUGGCAGUUGGUGAUGUAUUCUAUUUGGCAGGAAAGGAACAGCAGAAUUCAUCGUCAAAUUUUCAAACCAAAGGGCACAAUAAGUAAUUCAAUUGACAGAACCUUAUGGAACAAGAUUCACUCCUCUCGUGAAGCAAACCCCACUAUGGCAUCCAACAUGAUCCAAUUCUGGAUUGCUUCUUCUCUCCACUCAACUCCGUGA